UAUAAGUCAGAGGCAAAUUUAUAGUUUUAUUCCAGUCUAGAGUUUUGACAAUUAGUAAUUAUAGUAGAGACUAUGGAACGUUUAAAGUUGCCUUAUAAAACUUUUUCACUGUCCUAUCAAGGAAAACCGCGGAUUCUGAUGAAGUUCGCCAACGACAAAACAAUGUCGGAAGUCCUAAACGCGGCCGCUCGUAAAUUUGGAAUCGACAAAAAAAAAUUCGAUUUGAGAUAUGGAAACCACAUUUUAGACUUGUCCACACAGCUCGGUUACUGCAAUCUCCCUGAAGGAGCUGUACUGGAAAUAGUCAAAUCAAACGCGGACAACAAUCCAUCGCAUAUAAUCCCAGUUGAGCUCAGUUUUGUCAACGAUGAUAUUUUCGUUAAAGGAAGAUUCAGAUUGAACGAUUCUUUGUGGGAUGUUAUAAGACAAUUAAUGCCACCUUAUCUUUAUUUUAACGAAGAUUCAUUGUGUUUACGCUACUUGAACAAAGCCAUCAUAGGGAAACGCGACUUGAGAAGAACGAAACUCGGCGAUUUUCCGAGCAUAGGUCGCUUGGAAUUCGUAUGCGAAAGAAGUUUCGAAGUCUCUCUGCCGAGCGUCAAUAAGCACAAACCUCAAAAAUCGACAACCGUCCAAAACGAGAGAUUGAGAAAAUCUCUUGACAACAACGCGGAUAACUGCGAAGAGAUGGGUUCAAGCCAAGAAGUCUUCGACGAAGAUGAGUCUCGGGAGUACACAGCAAGUACUCCGAAUAGUUUUACGAGCCCGUCCGAUGCCUCCUUCGCCGAAUCCAACAAGCUACACAUCAAACCGGAUAUAGUAAACAUUAGUGAGAGGUAUGGAAAAAUCUAUCAUUCCAAAUACCUGGAAGCGGUGGAAUUGCUUGAAAUGACAAACAGUAACAGAAAGAAGACAAUCCAAAAGAACAAAAGACCUUCAAGCGAAAAGGAAAUCACCAAAUUAGACACUAUAAUAAAAAUAAACCUUCCUGAUUCUUAUGUAUUUCAAGCAAAAUUCAACUCUCAAGAAACAAUCGAAGAUGUCGUUACAGUCUUAAAGAAAUACCUCAGAGAUCCAAGGGAGUACUUUUACUUGUAUACCGCCCACCCUAAACUGAUAAUGACGGGUGACAGGCACUUGAAGGACUUGAAAUGUUUUCCGAAAGGGAUGCUGUAUUUUUCCAACACCAGUCGCAACGAAAAGCGUUGCUAUUUGAGAGAAAGCAUCAUGGCAGGUUUAAUCGGGGCGGAAAAUUCGACGUACGAAUCUUGGGCGAAUGAAAUAUGCAGAGAAUAUGAAACUCCGAUCAUGACUCCAAAGAGACCAUUCCACGCUAUCCACCAGACAACCUAUGUGUAACUGAUCGAAAUAAAUAUAAUUAUUUUUAUAUUUUCCUCUCGCUUGAAAUAGAUUGAUGACCUGAGA